UCUAUAUUUCACGUGUGUUUAUUUUUUAAGUGUUUUUCUGUGUUCUGUUUUGGUUAUUAGUCGAGAGAUCGACGAAUUUGUUUGAGCAAAGACAUUUUGGAACGCCCUUCGGUGCGGUAAUAUUGCAGGUUUCCCUUCAGUUUCUUCAGCUUUGCGAUGGCAGCCACACAACAAACGGAAUUCCAAAAGAAUUUUCGACUAAUUGUUGAGAAGAUCUUCAACAAUUGGCAGAACUUGAGGCUUGCCGUGGAGCAUGGCAUGGGCGGACGCAAUGGCCAGCAGGUGGCCAUCCAAAUCAUGGACUACACAUAUCAAUACUGUGUAGGCAACGAAAACAUCACGCAGGGCGAGCUCCAGGAGGUGCUCGAAGAGCUCAUGGACCAGGAAUUCAACACGCUGUGCGACGAUAAUUCCAUACCAGAAAUUUGUCGGAAUCUGCUGCGUUACAAGCAGAUGGCCCAGCAGAACCAAUAUCCAGAGAUUGAAACAGAGCUCAGCAAACUGCCACCCGGCAAAGAGUGGCUGCGUCCCGAUGUCAAAGUAACGUACACACCGGUAGACGGUGACUCGUCUUCGGACGACGACGAAGACAUGGACGAAGACGGCGAUGAUGAUGAUGAUGAAAUAGAUGAGAGCGAGGAAGAUGAGGCUCCUAGCGGCAGCGGCCGCGUCACUCGCUCUCAGACACGCAAGCAGAAGGCUGGGGAAUUCGUUGAGCCCGAAGAUGGCUGGACAACGGUCCGAAGAAAAUGAAUUUCUUGAACGGAAUAAAAGUAAUUUGUUAGUUUUUUUAGUUUUAA